CUGAUAAACACAACGCGUUCACAUUUCAGGUCAGUGACAGAAGAGGCAGAAGCCUUGUGAAAGAUAGAUACGACAUAGUUUCCCGUUUCCGCACAACUGUAUGCUAAUCCGUGCAGAACACGGAAGCCUCCAUAAAGGUCGUAUAAGGGGGAGGAGGAUAUCGUAAGUAUUUAUGGGAGGGACGAGCGCAGCAACAGGGCAGUGACGAUAAAACAGGUUAGGAAGAAAAAGCGCCUCCUUAAGUCCGUGCGUGGACCAUCUCCCGCCUCCUCAACUUUCAAUUAAUUUGAUUACACUCGUGGGACCUCGAGAAGAAAGCAGCUGCCAGGGAGAGAUCCUGAGAGUGGACUCAAGUGCGACCUCCUUUGACUCUGUCCCCAGAAGAGUUUCAUCCAGCUGCUCGCCAUGUCUGCUCCUGUUUACCCAGGCCACUCCGUAGCCCCUUAUCCAGCUGCUCCGGGCGGGUACGGAGACCCCAGUCAAGCUCCUCCAGUAGGCUUCAACAUGGGCUACAAUGCAGGCCCAGCUCCUGUCAUGUAUCAGCCCGGUGCCGUCGGCCCAGGCCCAGUCCCUGGACCGGAGUAUGGCGCCCCCCAUGGAGGGAUCUCGCCGGCUCCAGCUGCGGUUGCCGUUGGGGUCCCACCGGGGCUCGAGUACCUCACACAGAUCGACCAGAUCCUGAUCCAUCAAAAAGUGGAACUCCUAGAGGCAUUCAUUGGCUUUGAGACCAACAACCAGUACGAGAUAAAGAACAGUCUGGGCCAAAAGAUCUACAAGGCCAAAGAGAAGAACGACUGCUGCACCAGGAACUGCUGUGGCUCGCUGCGCAGCUUCGACAUGAAGAUCAAGGACAACAUGGACAGGGAGGUCAUCCGUCUCAUACGGCCUUUCCGCUGCGUCUCCUGCUGGUGUCCCUGCUGCCUGCAAGAGAUGGAGGUCCAGUCACCGCCGGGCACCACCAUAGGCUACGUGAAACAGGACUGGCACCCUUGCCUGCCGAAGUUUUCCAUCCAGGGACCCAACAAGGAGACCGUGCUGAGACUGGAUGGGCCCUGCUUUGCCUGCAACUGCUGUGGAGACGUCAACUUUGAGCUGAAGGGCAAAGAUGAUGACAAGUCCAUUGGUCGCAUCAGCAAGCAGUGGAGCGGCCUUUUGAAGGAAGUCUUCACAGACACGGACAACUUUGGCAUCCAGUUCCCGCUGGACUUGGAUGUGAAGCUGAAAGCUGUGCUCAUGGGAGCCUGCUUCCUCAUAGAUUUCAUGUUCUUCGAGAAGGUUGGGGAGGCCAACCAGCGCAGCACGGUGUUUUCAUAACGGAAGAGAAAGCAACCGCAUGAGAGCAAGUGCCAGUUAUGCAAUCUCUGUUUGUGUACUUUUUUUUUUUUUUUUUUUUUUUUUCCAAUCCUUCCGUCACCAGAUUCCAGCCAAAAUGGUGAUUUGCACCAGGAUCAUUUUAUACACACCGACCAAAUUGAGCUCAUGAACUCUUGAUUCCAGAUGCCUGCCAUGGAUUGUUUUUUACACUCAGUGACUGAUACCGGCUGCCACGUUGCCAAUGUUCCUUACAUUCCAUACAGUCUGUAGUUUUAUCUACUCGAUGUGGGUGAACGUUACCGCCAUCUGACAUCUAGUCUAGUGCUAAUUAAUAUUAAUGUUGUUUGAGUGCUAACACAGUUUUGCAUGCAAACAAGCUAAACUAACAUUGUUUGCAUGUUAACCUACCUGCUGGACAUCUGCUUGUUAGCAUUUAGCUCAAAGCACUAAAAACCGCCUCGCAGAGCUGCUAGUGUGGCUGUAGACUUUUAAUCUCAUGCAUUAACAAAAGCUUUAUAUACAACUUUUUUACAUAAAUCAGCCAUUGUAAACAGGCUGCCAUUAUUUAGGGCUUAUAGGGAAGUGGUGGUUGUGUUAGCGAGAGGGGGAACGUCUUUUAGUCGACGAUAUUUACCAAAGUGCUCUUUCUCUACCACUCAGCGACCUCUCUAUUCCUCGAAACCGUCUGUCUUAAAAGUUUUGUGAUAAUACCUUAAUGAGAAUUUAAUGAUAUAACAUGAUCUAACAAUGCUGUAGCACAGGCUACAGUGUAAAUGCUCUCAUGCUCCCUCUGUGGUUUAGUGGUUACCAUUGAGAGGGGGCGUGCCUGCCAAACCUCGCCAUCCAGUUGCUCGAGAUACCACUGCCUUUAACAUGUGCCACUGUCAUGAUAAAGGAGAGAGAUCGUGUAAUCUGUGAAGAACAUAAAAAAGCAGAAGUUUAGGUUAGUCAAGUGAGAAAUAUAAGAAAACACAUUGACUGUCAUUUUGUGUAGCAGGAAGAGACCUGAAUGUGAACUUGUGAAAUAUGGUCUGAUCGCUGUGCUUCAGAAUGGAUUAAAAGAAAAAUGUCAGGUUUAUGUUUGCAAAUGCUCCGAAUUGCUCUUGAAUGCAGCUCUCUGCUCUGCAUUUGUUCAGCAUCGUUCUCGUGAGACAUGGGUGUGCCUCUUGUGAGGCUUCGUUGCCACUAGUGCUCUCGAAUGCAGAUCACAGCUCUGUCAGUAACUGAAUGUGUCUUAUAUAGUGUAAAUACUACCAUCAGCUUCUGUGUAGUCUGACCUCAGGUUAAGAAAGCAUGGCCAAAGGUUGUACAGUACAUUUAUUGGAAUUAUUUGUUCAUUGUGUCAGUUUGAUGAUCAUUGAAAGCACUUUUGUUUUUCUUUUUUUUGUCUGUCAGAAUAAAAAAAAUACCCUGUACUUCACAAAUAAAACGAAUGCUAUACGUUUCU